UUACGCAUCACUUGUUCAUGUCAAGGUGUCAAUGCCGAACUUACUUUGGAUUUGGAUUUUAUAUAGAAACUACUACCAACAAAACUCAAUUUUAAGCACCAUCCAAAGUGAAGCAUACACCAUCGGAGUGUGUGUGUGUGUAUGUGUGUAAGUCGACCCAGAAAAGUGACCGUCAUGGGGGCGCAUGGAUGGAGCUCAGCGCGUCUUGGGUUUAUCGUUUGUGGAUAUUUAGCGUUUUUCUGCGGGGAAAUUAUUUCACGGGCCGAGGCGGGCUGCAGGGAGAGGGAGAGCCCGAACUGCUGCACCGGCCGGAACAACGAAUGUUUUGAGUACAGCAAGAGAAAAACAGUGUGCUACUGUGACACCUACUGUCAGAAAACCGGGGACUGCUGCGAGGACUAUCAGCGUGUGUGCCAAAUAUCUGCAGCCAUUGACUGCGUGGUGGGAUCAUGGGGUCCCUGGUCAUCGUGCACAUCUCCAUGUGGAGUUGGGAGCACAGAGAGGAGUCGCCAAGUGUCUGUUCCCCCUAGAAACGGAGGCACGCCCUGUCCGGACCUCAAACAGCGGCGAGGAUGUUUUGGAAACAACGCCAUAUGCAGCACUGCGAAAGAGGUGGCAAAGAUUCUUCCUGAUUCUUUCAAGAGGAACUUCAAGGACCCUUGGAGGCGACCACACAUGCUGAUGAAGGAGGAGAAGGCCAGUUACUGUGUGUACCUGCGGGUGAAACAGGCCAGUGCAGCGUGUAAACUCAAACUGUGGAGUGCUCAGCUUGUGAGAGAGCGGCUGGUGUGUGCAGAGUGUCAGAGUGAUGCCAUGUCAAAGUCAGACCGCUGUGGAGGCGACGGCUUAGAGAGCAUCAGAACGUUCUGGGCAGCCGCUUCAGUCCCGGGCUGUCAUGGUUCCUGGGUGCGAGAGUCGUCCUCUGAGGGCUGCCGGUGUCCUCCCUACUCCGUGCUCUUCGUGUGAGCCAACAUGCAGACCCAAGACAUCCGUACGCAGGGACAAGAUUUCCCUCAACGCCUCCUGCUAACUGGAGAGCCCUGCCAGCCAAGCCAGACCCCUCCGAUCCAGACUACUGGAUGGGUAACUCAAGGAGAUCAGCAGCAUCCUGCCACUUUUUCCUUUCACCUCAUACUCUGUACUGUAUACACUUGUUACUAAGCACACAAAAAUUCUUGCAUUUAACUUCAGAUUUUACAGCCACGUUAUGUACUUAUUCUCCUCCAAAGCACAGCAACAUCUAUAUGCCUUUUUACCUCUGAAUCUUUGCUAUCUACCUCCAUCAAUGCAAGUGCAUUUGUUAAUGCAUAAUGUAUAAAUAUAUAAAUAUAUUAUUUUGCUUUAUACAUUUUCUACUUUUGAUUGUUCAUGUGUUAUGUAUAUGUGUCUAUAUAGCCACACUUAUUUGUAUCCAACAGUUUAAACACCAAACAGCAGUUGCUGCACCCAGUUUUAGCCCCAGCCAGGGUCCCUUAAUCACCUGCAGGCUGGAGACGCUGAAAACUGCUUCAUCCAAAUUGUAUCCAAUGUUAUAGAAUCCUUGCGUUAAUAUAUCUGUGUUUUACAGUUGUCCCUGUUUUUAUGUCUUUUCCAUAAAAACAUUUAUACCAGCAAGUCAAGUUGAAUAUCAGGUAUUGAUCCUCAGGUGCUGAGAUCUGUGUCUUUGUCUCCCAUCAGGCCUCCUUUGUCAUGUUCCUCUGAUGUUUUUAGCAGUUUAAAGUGACUCAUAGCUGAAAUCAGUCCCAUCCAUUUAGACCUUAUAUUGCUGGAGAGGAAAAAGAGCCAUUUAAGAGAAUUUCACUGUGGUUCUCUCUGUCCUCUGUGUCUGAGACUGAAAAGAAUUGCUUCAUAACUAUGUUUUCUCUCACUCCCCGCCCUGCUCAGAAAUCCUAUUACCGUCAAAAGGGAGUUUUAUCAGCAAAGUGUCAUCCAGUAUCACAUACAGCUAUGUUACUCCCAUUUAAUUCAUUAACACAAUCUGCUCCCAGCACUCCCCACAGCUCCUUGAUCUGCACUUCUUUCUCUCCAUCUCGGCCCUCUACUGACUCUCUUAAAAACAGGAGUCAGUCAGCUGGCUCAGUACGCUUUUCACAAAUCUCUUAUACUUCUGCUUUAAGAAGAGGACAAGUGUUGUCCCAGUAAAGGGCUUUUCUCUCUGGAAAGCUGUGACUUUCUCUCUCUCUCCCCCAUGUCUAUGUCUGUGUAUGUGUGUUUAUUUAUUAUAAAACAAGUGAUGAUGUUAUUAGUGCAGCACGGCAUAAUCUGUACACUGUCCAUUAGUAAAAAUAAACAACU